UCUCAGCAGUGCCUUUUUCAGACGGUAUGUUAGUAAAGUUACGAACGUCAGGACUAAGGCGACUUGAUUGAUUAUUACACGUUUGCAUUUUCACACUCAAAAUGCAGAUUAUAAAAUGAUCACUUUUGGUUGGUUUUGACUUUGGACUGGGAAGCGCGCCCAUGAUCCAUUUCGGUUGGUUUUGACUUUGGACUGGGAAGCGCGCCCAUGAUCCAUUUUGGUUGGUUUUGACUUUGGACUGGGACCCGCGCCCACACGAUUGAAGAGGGCGUUCCUUGCAGUCAGCCAUUCACAUGAUUAUUUUCACUUUUCCACCGCAGAAGAAUAGACCCUUUCCAGAGUUUGAGUUUUAGCCAGAAUAACAAUAAAGGUAAGUGGUCAAAUACGUGUUGUGUGGUAUUGUAGUUUAGUUGCAUCAAGAGCAGAAGUAGAACAAUGUUUUUUUCCCUUCAGAUUUAUGCAAGAAGCUCUGCUAAAUUGCUAAUCCACAUAGGCUACAUUGAUACGUAACAUUGUUGUGGUCUAAUGUAAUAAAAAGCAGGACUAAAAUCCCAUGCAAGUAGCAAUCUCAAUAUUCCCUGCAGAUUACUGGGUAUACAGUUGAAGUCGGAAGUUUACAUACACUUAGGUUGGAGUCAUUAAAACUCGUUUUUCAACCACGCCACAAAUGUCUUGUUAACAAACUAUAGUGUUGGCAAGUCGGUUAGGACAUCUACAUUGUGCAUGACACAAGUCGUUUUUCCAACAAUUGUUUAAAGACAGAUUAUUUCACUUAUAAUUCACUGUAUCACAAUUCCAGUGGUUCAGAAGUUUACAUACACUAAAUUGACUGUGCUGCCUUUAAACAGCUUGGAAAAUUCCAGAAAAUGAUGUCAUGGCUUUAGAAGCUUUUGAUAGGCUAAUUGACAUCAUUUGAGUCAAUUGGAGGUGUACCUGUGGAUGUAUUUCAAGGCCUACCUUCAAACUCAGUGCCUCUUUGCUUGACAUCAUGGGAAAAUCAAAAGAAAUCAGCCAAGACCUCAGAAAAAAAAUGGUAGACCUCCACAAGUCUGGUUCAUCCUUGGGAGCAAUUUCCAAACGCCUGAAGGUACCACGUUCAUCUGUACAAACAAUAGUACACAAGUAUAAACACCAUGGGACCACACAGCCGUCAUACCACUCGGGAAGGAGACGCGUUCUGUCUCCUAGAGAUGAACAUACUUUGGUGCGAAAAGUGCUAAUCAAUCCCAGAACAACAGCCAAAGGACCUUGUGAAGAUGCUGGAGGAAACAGGUACAAAAGUAUCUAUAUCCAAAGUAAAAAUGAGUCUUAUAUCGACAUAACCUGAAAGGCCGCUCAGCAAGGAAGAAGCCACUGCUCCAAAACCGCCACAAAAAAGCCAGACUACGUUUUGCAACUGCACAUGGGGACAAAGAUCGUACUUUUUGGAGAAAUGUCCUCUGGUCUGAUGAAACAAAAAUAGAACUGUUUGGCCAUAAUGACCAUCGUUAUGUUUGGAGGAAAAAGGGGGGUGCUUGCAAGCCGAAGAACAACAUCCCAACCGUGAAGCACGGGGGUGGCAGCAUCAUGCUGUGGGGGUGUUUUGCUGCAGGAGGGACUGGUGCACUUCACAAAAUAGAUGGCAUCGUGAGGAAGGAAAAUUAUGUGGAUAUAUUGGAGCAACAUCUCAAGACAUCAGUGAGGAAGUUAAAGCUUGGUCGCAAAUGGGUCUUCCAAAUGGACAAUGACCACAAGCAUACUUCCAAAGUUGUGGCAAAAUGGCUUAAGGACAACAAAGUCAAGGUAUUAGAGUGGCCAUCACAAAUCUCUGACCUCAAUCCUAUAGAAAAUGUGUGGGCAGAACUGAAAAAGCGUGUGCGAGCAAGGAGGCCUACAAACGUGACUCAGUUACACCAGCUCUGUCAGGAGGAAUGGGUCCAAAAUUUACCCAACUUAUUGUGGGAAGCUUUUGGAAGGCUACCCAAAACGUUUGACUGAGUUGAAAUGUAUUUGGCUAAGGUGUAUGUAAACUUCCGACUUCAACUGUAUAUCCCAUUGUAUGGGGAAAUAACUGAGGCUUGUAGGCUAUAAUGUUGCCCUCUAGAGCAGAGUCAGCAUGACUUGCACUCAGUAAAGUGGUAACAUUGUAAUUACCCACUUAUGUCGAAGGAUUCUGUAUUCCUGUAUCGAUUAAUAGAAUCCAUGUGUGUCAGUGUACGUGUACCGGUAUGCGUGUCUCUAUACAUGUUUGUAUGGUUAUGUGUGUAAUUCUCAAUGUUAUCUCUUUCCAGAUGGCCAAUGAAGCGAAGCCGUGUCCUUGUGACAUCGGAGACAAGAUGGAGUAUGGAGGUGUUGGCCAGGAGGUCCAGAUAGAACACAUCAAGGCCUACGUGGUCAAGCCUCCCUCUGAUUCAGACAAGGCCAUCAUCGUCAUCCAGGACAUCUAUGGCUGGCAGCUACCCAACACCAGAUACAUGGCUGACAUGCUGGCCUCCAAUGGAUACAUGUACGUAACAAUGCAUACUUAACAAUGCUGUUACUUACCAUGUACUGUAAUUCGUCAGUAAAUGUCAGGUAAAUAGUGAAAGAGACAGUAAAGUGUUACCAGUGUUCUCAUGCUGGCUGUCUAUCUCCCCCCAGUGCAGUGUGCCCUGACUUCUACGUUGGAAAGGAGCCAUGGAGUCCAUCACAUGACUGGUCUACCUUUCAGCAGUGGCUGGAGGACAAGAAGCCCACCAAUAUCAACAAGUAAUGCAAACAUUCCCAUUGGCAAAGAGUAGUCUCAGAGAGCCAGACUCCACUCCAUUGGCCAGAGAGUAGUCUCAGAAAGCCAGACUCCACUCCAUUGGCCAGAGAGUAGUCUCAGAAAGCCAGACUCCACUCCAUUGGCCAGAGAGUAGUCUCAGAAAGCCAGACUCCACUCCAUUGUCUCACAUCUGUAUACAGUAUUAAUCUCUAUCAGCACACAUCCACUGUUGGCCAGCAGAGAGUACUAUCACAAAGCCAGACUCCACUCCAUUGGCCAGCAGAGAGUACUAUCACAAAGCCAAACUCCACUCCAUUGGCCAGCAGAGAGUACUAUCACAAAGCCAGACUCCACUCCAUUGGCCAGCAGAGAGUACUAUCACAAAGCCAGACUCCACUCCAUUGGCCAGCAGAGAGUACUAUCACAAAGCCAGACUCGUUAGUUUUAUAUUCUGGCAAUAGAAUGGAAACUAACUUUAUCCCUCUGUUAACUUACAACUGAAAUGUGCUUCCUGUACUACGCCAGUAACCCAACCCCUUCCUCCCCUCUCCCCCUGCUGUCUGUCUGUCUGUCCAGGGAGGUGGAUGCAGUCCUGAGGUUCCUGAAGAGCCAGUGUGGGGCCCAGCGUAUUGGGGCAGUGGGCUUCUGCUGGGGGGGUGUGGCCACCCACUACCUGGCUCUGCAGUACCCUGAGGUCAGGGCAGGGGUAUCAGUCUAUGGUAAGGGCAGGGGUCAGAGGGCUGUCCAAUCAGAAUACAGUAAUAACCAUGAGGUAGAGUGUCUACCAAUGGUUGCAAUCUAGGCUGACUACAUUGCAGACACCUGCCAGAUCUCACAACGUCUAGCUAACCACAUCAUGUGAUGUGGUCCCGUGUAGCUCAGUUGGCAGAGCAUGGCGCUUGUACGACAGUACGAAAAAAUAUGAAAAUGUAUGCACUCACGACUCUGGAUAAGAGUAUCUGCUAAAUGACAAAAAUGUCAAUAUAUGAUUUAGCAGACUGCGCAGUCGAUAAUAUGAAACGCAACCAUUGGUUGAUGCAAUGCAACAGCUGCAAUGUAGUCGGUCUGGAACUCGACCGUUGUGCUUGCCGAGUAGGCUAGUAAUGCUAAUGGUGAUUGGAUGUGACGGCGUGUCUGCAGGAAUCAUCAGAGAGAGGGAGGACCGGUACGAACUGAAGAGCCCGACACUGUUUAUCUUCGGAGAGAAGGAUGAAGUCAUCCCACUGGAUCAGGUCUGGUAUUAUUAUCAGUAUAUAAGAAAAAAGUCCAUGUAGAUCAUACAUAUAUUGGGAAACUAUAUUGAGCACCAUUUAUUGCAAGCCAGUGUGAUCUCGAGUGAAAUGAACCGUCAUCAUCAGCAUCUGUCGGCUACUGGCCUUAUAUCACAAUUUUAAUGUCAGAUCCAACCCCAAAUGCUUUGAGUUGUGCUUCAACCAUCCUAUCACCAUUUCAUUCAUUCCCUGCUGUUUUCUUCCAGGUGAGUGUCCUGGAGAAGAACCUGCAGGAGAAGUGUACACGUGUAGACUACCAGGUGAAGGUCUUCCCAGGCCAGACUCAUGGCUUUGUUCACCGGAAGAGAGAGGACGUCAACUCCACAGACCAGCCCUGCAUCCAGGAGGCGAGGACAGACAUGUUCAACUGGUUACAGAAAUACAUGUAGAAUAUCUACAGUGCGGUAGUCUUAUCAUCGGCCGUCCAUGGUUAAGUGAACGGAAAGGAUAAAAAACACAAAUCCAAUUUUCAUCACUACACCACCUAACGUUAUUAAAAAGAAAUAGCUCAUGUAAUUGCUCAUCAGCUCUGAGGUUAUUUCCACUUUUGUCCUUUCUGAAUAGCAGCCUAUCUGGUGAUUAUCAUGUCCUUGAUUUAUCAUGAUCAAAUUCAAGCUGAUGGGGUGUUUUAAUGUGGAAUCUGCAGUUGCCAUAUUUGUAGUAGACUUUAGUUUUGUACCUUUUUCUUGCAGUACACUUAUACCUUAUCUGUUCAUUGUAUACAUUAUCUGUACAUUUUGUA